UCCAAUCAGAGGGCCGAGAGGCCGAAACUUAAAGGUCUGUGCGGCACUUUGUGAGUAGCACAGCUUUUUAACACCGCUUGAGGUAUUAUCCCGUCAAACUUGGGUUUUUACUGCUGUCCAGCUUCUCCUGUCUUUUGAAAAUGUCUGAGAACGCGGCACGUCUCAACAAGUUCAAGAACAAAGGCAAAGAUGUUGGUGAAUGCCGCCGCAGGAGGGUGGAGGUGAAUGUCGAACUCCGCAAGGCGAAGAAAGAUGACCUAAUGUGUAAAAGACGAAAUGUGAAUUCAUGCCCUGACGAGCCCACAUCUCCUCUGCAAGAGAAAUCUCAAAACGCCCAGACAUCCAGGCCAUGGACAGUUUCAGAGAUUGUUGAGGGAGUGAACAGCAACAAUAUCGAAACUCAGAUUCAGGCUACGCAGGCAGCACGGAAACUGCUGUCACGUGACAGAAACCCUCCCAUUGAUCAGAUGAUCAGUGCUGGUCUGAUCCCCAAAUUUGUCCACUUCUUGGGGAUGACUAAUGUCCCAUGUAUCCAGUUUGAGUCUGCCUGGGCCUUGACAAACAUCGCUUCUGGGAGUUCUGAUCAGACGGCUGCUGUGGUGAGCGGCGGGGCCAUUCCUGCCUUCAUCUCCCUGGUCACAUCCACCCAUCAGCACAUCAGCGAGCAAGCCGUGUGGGCCUUGGGAAACAUUGCUGGUGAUGGAUCAGGACUGAGGGACUUGGUCAUCAAACAUGGAGCUGUGGCCCCUCUUCUUAGUGUGCUGGCAGUCCCGGAUCUGUCUGAAAUACCGCGCGACUACCUGAGAAAUGUGACAUGGUCAAUCUCGAACCUCUGUCGCAACAAGAACCCCUCCCCCCCUAUGCCUGCAAUCAGGCAGAUGUUGCCCACCCUUCUUCGUCUCCUGCACCAUGAAGACAAAGAAGUUUUGGCUGACACAUGCUGGGCUUUUUCAUACAUGACAGAUGGGCCCAAUGACCGCAUUGAAGUGGUGGUUGAAACUGGCGUUGUUCCUCGCCUGGUGAAGCUGCUCGGCUAUGGGGAGCUGACUAUCACAACUCCAUCUCUGCGUGCCAUUGGCAACAUUGUGACUGGUACUGAUGAGCAGACUCAGGCGGUGCUGGAUGCUGGAGCCCUGGCCAUGUUCCCUAAACUGCUGCACCACAACAAAGCCAACAUUCAGAAAGAGGCAGCCUGGACUCUGUCCAACAUCACUGCAGGAAAAGACACCCAAAUCCAGGAGGUCCUAAACGCAGGCCUCAUUCCAUACUUGGUUGACCUUCUCGUGCGAGGUGACUACAAAACUCAGAAAGAGGCUGUAUGGGCUGUUACAAACUUAACCAGCGGGGGCACUGUUGAGCAGGUAGUUUACCUUGUUCAAGCCAAUGUGCUCGAGCCUCUUCUGAAUCUGCUGGCCUCCAAGGACAGUAAAACUGUCCUCGUCAUCUUGGAUGCUGUCAAUAAUAUCUGCACAGCUGCAGAUAAAAUUGGAGAGACAGACAAAUUGUGUCUAAUGAUUGAAGAAUGUGGCGGACUGGACAAGAUUGAGUCUCUGCAAUCUCAUGAGAAUGAGGUGGUCUACAAAGCAGCUCUGAACCUGAUUGAGAAAUACUUCUCUGGAGAAGAGGAGGAGGUGCAGUCUGUGGCCCCUGAAACAACCACUGAUGGUUAUGCUUUUCAGAUCAGUGAAAACCAAAGCACUUUCAAUUUCUAGGUGACUUUCCCCAUAACCUUGACUCUACUUCAUACUUGUACCACUGUCCUUGUCUCAUUUUCAUGUAACAUGAAGUUUUUGUGUUUUUUUUUUUUUUUUUUUUUUUUGUAUGUAUUGUACAUACUAUUUUUAACAUGACUUUUCUAAAACAUGGUUGUAAAUAAAGAUAUCAAAUCAGAGUUUUCAGAUGGCUCCAGUGU